GUGAAGCGUACCGUGACCCGGAAGUUCUUUCAUUUUAGCUGAAGAUCAGAAAUUGUUAUUUUCCCCUUGUUGUCGGUUUGCGUGCAUUCACUGACCAUUAAACCGUUUCUCAUUUCUAACCCACGAGAAGCUGGGGUGCGCCCGAAGAAACUGAAAAGCUAUUAUUUUAAAAAUUACGAUGUUCUCGAAUACAACCGUUAAACGUAGCUAAACGUGUUUUUUCUACGAAAGAGGCUUUUAGCUAUUAGAUCAUGAGAAGCUAGCUUAACGGUAUUUAUCUACCGAACUUUUUUUGUAUCAGACUCGUCAGGAAUAUCCAUAACAUUGAAGCAGGAAACAGCCAAGCCUGCAGGACAGUGGCCCUCGAUGACUGAUUUUGGACACCCCUGACACAGACGAUGUGAAGGAACGUCAAGCCGUGUUGCUUGCAGGGACAGGAUCGCCAUCUUCUCGUCUGUUGGAGCAGAAGAAGACGGGACAAGUUUGGGAUUCCCCUCAUCCCUCGUCACCUUUUACCUCUGAGAUGACAUCACAACAGCCACACCUCCCAAAUGGUGGUGGUACUCCUCCUCAGCUUGCCCAGAGCUCCUCUCCUCAGCAGGCUCAGCCCCAUUUUCAGCCUAAUCAGAUGGACUCGAAUCAGAGCAGUGCAAACACCGGGCCGCUUGGAUACAGAGCCCUGAUAAGCAGGCCAGGCUGCCACAGCGUAGCAGCCGGCAGCGGGGAGGUGACCAACAAGAAAGUUUCUGCUUCCUCUUCCAACGCCAGUUUGUCCAGAAGAGAUCGGGGACUUGAACCGUGGCCCGAGGAGGCGGUGGACAACUCCCAUGGGCUGUAUUCACUCCACCGCAUGUUUGACAUAGUCGGAGCCCAGCUAACACAUCGGGAUGUCAGAGUCCUGUCGUUCCUGUUUGUCGACGUGAUUGACGAGUAUGAACGUGGUGGCAUCAGGAGUGGAAGAGAUUUCCUGCUGGCCUUAGAACGCCAGGGUCGCUGCGAUGAGACCAACUUCCGACACGUCCUUCAGCUUUUAAGGAUUAUCACCCGCCACGACCUUUUGCCUUACGUCACACUCAGGAAACGGCAUGCUGUUUGCCCAGAUCCUGUUGACAAAUACCUGGAAGAGACAUCUGUACGCUACAUUUCACCAAGAGGAACGAAGCAGUGCAAGGACAAUGCACCUCACAGAAGAACAGGUUCGCAGCCGGUCAUUUGUUGCUCCCCAUCAGGACCACAUGUUGGUGCUCCCCGAUCCAAGCCGGCUGCCCCUGCACCACACCGUAAACGGAAGAGAAGUCAGUCCUCGGCCGACUGCAGGGAGAAGCAAACCUGUGAUAUCCGCCUCCGUGUUCGUGCAGAGUAUUGCCAGCACGAGUCUGCGCUUCAGGGCAACGUCUUUUCCAACAAGCAAGAGGCAGUGGAGCGACAGUUUGAGCGCUUCAACCAGGCCAACACCAUCCUGAAGUCCAGAGACUUGGGUUCCAUCAUCUGCGACAUCAAGUUCUCCGAGCUCACCUACCUGGACGCCUUCUGGAGGGACUACAUCAAUGGAUCGCUGCUAGAGGCCCUUAAAGGCGUCUUUAUCACAGAUUCCCUCAAACAGGCUGUGGGCCAUGAGGCUAUAAAACUGUUGGUCAACGUUGACGAGGAGGACUACCAGGCCGGUCGACGCAAACUGCUCCGUAAUUUGGUCAUGAGUGGAGGGAGCCCACCGGUGGGCAACAGAGACGCCGUUUCCUAGACAACGGCGAGCUAGCAUACGGGAGCUACGCUGCUGGGCUUCCCUUACGAUGAGUAGGGUCACAUGUGGUUGUGUUGUUUGAGGUGUGUGCCUGAAAGGACCUGAAGAACUUCCAGCCAUCCCAUUAAUUCCUACAGAGCUAAUCUCAUAGGACAUUUACUCGGCACCCAUAAGAAUAGCAUGCAAGGAGAUCUGGAACUAAGUUAACAGAAACCGUGUAGGCGAUGCAUACUGGCAUUAUUUUCAAUGUUGAUCAGCUCAUUUUCUUCAUGGAGGGGAGGGCUGAUCAAGUGUGCAUUGAAUUUAACACUUUUUUCUUUCUUUGUUGUACAUUAGCUCAUUAAAACACUUCUUUUUUUAAAAAAAAACUUUGUUAAUAAAACUUUUCACUUCUAUUCUUAAGGUGAAACUCUCAGUGUUACCAGUUACUCCCAGUGGGAGUUGUACCUUACUGUCAAACUACUCCACAUAAGCAUUGGAUUACUUUAUCAGCAGUUGCAUACAGUUGAUUUACAACUUUUCUGUUAUUUUCUGCCACGUGUGGUCCAGAGAAGGAGUGAUUCUAGCUUGAUUUGAAGUUUUACCUCCCCAGGCACUGCCAGUAUUUAGAGACAACAUCUAUGUGGAUGGUUCGGCUGUAUGUAAAUGAAUCCAUGGAAAGACCGACCCCUGCUUCUGGUGCAUAACCCCUCCCCACUGCUGUAGAUUUGAUUUGAAAAUGCGUGACUCUGUCAGCCUGUAUUCACGUUCCCUGUCACUCAUGAUGCGACUGAACUGUUUUUAAUCAAUUUGAAAUGACGGUCAAAUAAACAGCAGAGAAAUCACA